AUGUCAAUUUUGAGAAAGGAAUAUGGUAUCUUUUGGAGAAUUUAAGAUUUACUAUAGAAUUCAACAAUUUUUAAAAAUAGAAUAUAGGAAAUAUAGUAAUCAGUAUGGUCUUAAAACCAACUUUACAACUAGAAAUAAUUCAAUCAAGUUUAUGAGAGAAUGAAAUAUAUUGCUUUAGAGUAUUUUAAAGUUGUUGCUGAGCUUUUAGGUCAGUUAAAAGAGAAAAUACAGAAAAUACAUUUGAACUAUUUGGCUUAGAUUUCAUGA